AUGAAUACGAACUCGGCUGGCGCUAGCACUGCACAGGCGAACGCGCGCGACGACGUGGCUUUGACCGCACUCAAGCUUACGGAUACCGCACAUUGGACGGAAGUCGAUGAUAUACUCCGGCAGCUCAAUACUUCGAAGCAAGAUGGAUUAUCUGAUGCAGACGCUCAGACGAGGCUGGACGAAUAUGGAGAGAACUCCCUACGAGGCGAAGGCGGGGUAAGCGCUCUCAAGGUUCUGUUCCGUCAAAUGGCGAAUGCACUUAUCCUCGUCCUUGUUGCGGCCAUGGCCAUCGGCUACGGCGUACAAGACUGGAUCGAAGGCGGCGUCAUCACCGCCGUAAUCAUCCUCAACGUGAGCAUCGGCUUCUUUCAGGAAUACAAGGCGGAGAAGACUAUGGAUAGUCUCCGCUCUUUGGCUAGUCCUACCGCCGCUGUCACGCGUGCGGGCGAGACGAAGCAGAUCCCGGCGCUUCACGUCGUUCCCGGCGACAUCGUGCACGUCAAGAUGGGCGAUGUCGUACCGGCUGAUCUAAGGCUCUUCCAUGUGUCUAACCUUGAGAUCGACGAAGCGCUCUUGACUGGCGAGGCUAUGCCCGUAGCCAAGGUCAUCGAGCCUCUUGGAAGCACCUACCCUUCGCACAGUCUACCCCGCGUGCCGACGUUCAGCACCGAGGGUGAGAAGACACUUGCGCCGGGUGUUGGCCCCGAGUCGCGCGAGCAAAUUGCUGUCGGCGAUCGCGUCAAUCUGGCCUUCUCGAGCACGACUGUAACGCGCGGUCGUGGGUCGGGAGUAGUCAUCGGUACCGGAAUGCAGACGCAGAUUGGACAUAUUGCCGAGUCGAUGCAGAAGAAGAAAGCGAGCCCUCGCGCUGGCCUGCCGUUGUGGAAGCGUAUCUUCGAAGGCGUCAUGACUUUCCUUGGUCUGCGCACCGGGACGCCCUUGCAAAUCAAGCUCAACAAGCUCGCUUAUGCCCUGUUCCUGCUUGCCGCCGUGCUUCUCAUUAUCGUAUUCGCAGUAGCCAAAUUCGAAGUCAACAACGAAGUUGCUAUCUACGCCAUUGCCCUCGCCAUCGCCGUCAUACCCGAGUCUCUUAUCGCUAUCCUCACUAUCACAAUGGCGACCGGCACCUCUCGCAUGGCCAAGGCGCAUGUCGUCGUACGACAGCUAAACGCACUUGAAGCACUUGGUUCAGUCACGGACGUAUGCUCGGACAAGACGGGUACCCUCACCGCAGGAAAGAUGGUCGUUCGCAAGUUUUGGCUGCCGGGUCUGGAUUCCGGAUCCGCGCCCGCCGCUUACGCCGUCGAGAACGUAGGGGAUGCGAUCGAACCCGCGGGAGACGUCUACUUGGAUGACGGGUCGGAUGAUGAGAAGAGAACUAUACUGAACGUGGAGUCCAAUGCUCGUGCUCGGGAGCUCAUCCUCUGCGCAUCCCUUUGCAACGUCGCGACUGUCGGUAAAAACAAGGAAGGACGUUGGGUCUCUACAGGCGAUCCCACAGAGGUUGCUCUGCAAGUUUUGGCCACCAUGACCGGCAACGGUCGCCCUACGUUGACGAAGACAGGAGUCGAUAGCGAUGAAGUAUCAGAGAAGGCACGGGACUCGAAGCGCUUCGUCUGGAAGGAGGAAUUCCCCUUCGACAGCAACGCUAAGCGCAUGUCCGUGAUAUACCUCGACCAGCAGGCGAGCGAAGAGGACCGAGUCGUCGUAUUCCUCAAAGGCAGCGUCGAGCGUGUCCUCGCUGCAAGCACGCAUGUAUUCUCCGAAGCCGAGCCUGCCCCUCUCACCGAUGCCAUGCGCAAGGAUAUUCUUUCACAGAUGGAGAGCCUCGCUGCUCAAGGCUUGCGCGUCCUUGCUCUUGCUUCCCGGCGCCCAGGCUCAGCCCUCGAUCUCUCAUCCGAAGCGAAGCUUUCUCGCGAUGACGUCGAGGCGAACCACUGCUUCAUCGGUCUUGCUGGCAUCUACGACCCGCCGCGCCCGGAGUCCGUGCACGCUGUCCGAGCGUGCAAGCGCGCCGGUAUCGUCGUUCACAUGUUGACCGGAGAUCACCAGUUCACCGCAACGGCCAUUGCGCGCGCUAUUGAGAUCAUCGGUCCGGAUUCGGCGUCUUCCGCUGUCAUGCCUGCCGCCGAGUUCAACGCUCUCAGCGACGAGCAGAUCGAUGCACUCCCCGAGCUCCCUCUCGUCAUCGCCCGCUGUGACCCUGACACGAAGGUGCGCAUGAUACAGGCCGGAAAGCGCCGCGGGAAAUACCUUGCCAUGACCGGUGAUGGCGUCAAUGAUGCGCCUUCCCUGAAGCUCGCGCCGGUAGGCAUUGCUAUGGGUCAGGGCUCUGAUGUCGCGAAGAACGCUUCCGAGCUCGUACUAACUGACGACAACUUUGACUCUAUCCGGGCUGCUAUCAGCGAAGGCCGGCGCAUCUUCGACAACAUUCAACGCUUCAUCAUGCAUCUCCUUGCGACCAACAUCGCCGAAGUUGUCCUACUCGUCUUCGGUCUCGCUUUCCAAGAUGAUACGUCUGAAAGUGUAUACCCGCUCUCCCCUUUGGCCGUGCUGUGGAUCAACAUGCUCACCGGUGGACCGCCCGCAUUCGGUUUAGGCGUUGAACCGGCUUCCGCGGACGUAAUGACCCGCCCGCCGCACAGCGUCAAGUCAGGCGUGUUCACCCGCGCCGUGCUCGUGGAUACAUUCGUGUACGGCUUCGUGAUGGGCGUGACCACCCUGCUGAGCUUUAUCAUUGUCGUCUACGGCAAGAACGACGGCUUCCUUGGCGAGGAAUGCAAUCGCGAAGUCAACAACUCUUGCGAUGCAGUCUUCCGAGCGCGCUCCACCGUUUUUGCAACUCUGACGCUACAAAUCUCCCUAUAUGCUUGGGAGCUCAAGGCGCUGAACCGCAGUAUGUUCAGCAUCCGACCGGGCGUGCCGUUCUACAAGGAUAUCUGGAACAACCGCAUCCUAUUCUGGUCGGUGGUUCUGACCAUCGCGUCGGUGCCGCUGUGCGUCUACAUCCCGGGGCUAAACGACGAGGUCUUUUACCAGAAGGGAAUCACUUGGGAGUGGGGUCUUGUCGUCGGGAUGACGCUGGUGUUCGUGGGUUGCGUGGAGCUAUGGAAGCUGUUGGUCGCGUCGAAGCGUGUACACAGCCCGGUGAAGGAAGGAGCGGAUGUUUGA